CGACAACCACCACCUCCACCAACCCCCCAGCUCCCCUUCGACCCUACAUGAGCAUCCGGGGUUAAUCUAACAGUGACCGUUCACUCAUCAUCCGUGAACGCACAAUGAGCACGGCAAUCCACCACUAAGUCCCCACCGCCAACACCACAACAAAAGCGGGACAUCAACAACAACGCGGUCCAUCCCAUUCCAACCCAACCCACCCCCGACUACUAAAUAAUCAACCACACAGCAUGGCUCGCGCAGCAGUCAUCCCACAAUCAUCACCGGCUAAGCGGACGACGCGCACCCGAACCAAGGGCUCGACCACAUCGACAUCAACUAAGCCCGCGCCGAAAACAACAAAAGCCAAAGCACCGAGCUCGGCCACUGAAGCAAGAAAGAGGGGUGUAAGAACCACAUCAGCAGCUACGAGCAAGCCGGUCGAAGAUGAUUCGGAUGAGUCAACUGAUGAUGAGAUCGGUAUGGUUGAUGAAAAGGAGAAGGUGAAGACGACGAAGGGUCGACCCGCGACGAAAGCCGCUACGAGCACAACAGGUAGGCGUGGGAGGAAGCCCGCGAAGGUUGACUUGGAUAGCGAUAAUGAUGACGAGCUUGCUCAGUCGGACGCGCCGAAGAAGCGCGCUGGGAGACCGAGAACCAAGCCUGUGUCGACACCUGCGAAGCCCGAGACUGUUGCCCCCAAGGCGCGAGGAAGGCCCAAGGGGUCUACGGCUGCUACGAAGGCGGCGAAGCCGGUUGAUCCGGUCAAGGAGAAUACGAGGUUGAAUGCGAAGGGAUUUACGGAUUUGGAUUUCUCGUCGUCGCAGGAUGCUCCGAGGAGGGUUUUUAUUGCGACUAACUCGGUGAGUUCGGCGGCGAGGUCGAAUCUGUUGCGGGGACCGGCGAAGAAGAAGAAGGUUACGUUUCAGGAUCCGUUUGACUCGGCUGGCGAGGAAGUGAGUGAGGAGCCGUCGCCUCCGCCGGCUGCGGGGAGGAGACGGGGCACGAUUGGGCCCGGACGGCAGGCAGGUCUUGCGUCCAAGCCGGUGCGUAAGACUGCAGCGACGACUGGCAGGGGGAGGAAGCCGGCAGCAGCAGCGACGGCGGCGGCGAAGAAGAAGGAUGGUCCUAAGCCGCUUUCGCCGAAGAAGGCGACGCAGGUUGCUAAGGCCUUGUCUUCGUAUGCCAACUCGGAUAGUGAGGAUGAUGAGCUGAGUGGUGAGAAGGAUCAGAUCAAGUUCGUUGUUGACUCAUCUGCCAAACACGGAUCAGAAAAAACCGGUCUGAGUUCGCCGGUGAAGAAGAUCAACCUCACCGAAAAGUACCGAAAAUCUCUUGACGAAAAUGGAGAGCCUCUGCCUGGCCCUCGGCGAUCGAUUGAUUUUAACGAUACGCUUCUGAUGUCCAGCCCGGCGCGCCGGCCGCCUCCUUCGCCGUUUAAUUUCACUAUGAGGGAGACUCCUAAGCGUGGUGGGUUUGCUCUCCGCGAUGACGCGAAGCAAUUGUCACAACCUCAUCUCUCGCCGACGCAUAAUUCACCGCUCAAGUUAUCGCCCAGGAAGGCGCACUUGGAGACUCCUAAGCGUAGCGGUAUCUUCCUGGAUGGCGGGAACUCGUUGUCUCAGCCCAACUUUACCCCCGGACGCAACUCCCCUCUCAAAUCGUCCCCCAGAAAGGGUCUAUUUGGAGCGUCAUUCACCUCCUCUCAGGCGCAUGCCGAAUCCACGGCGACUCCAUUGAGACAUAGCGUUUCUUUCCUUCAAAGUCCCGCAAAGAAGAUUGCUUCGCCUUUUAAAAGCUCCUUGUUCGCCAGCAGGAGUACCAUAAAAGAACGUCCCACUGCCGAAGAUGAUGUCAAUGUUGAUGCGCCUGCUACACCAGAUGUUGAAGAAUCGCCGCUGAGAAUGACUGACUUUGAGAAACCCAACGAGGUCGAAAGGGAGGACGAGCAGGUUGAUGACGCGCCGGUAGAGGAACUCGAUGCACUCGAUACAACAAAGGAUAUCCACGCUCGGUCUCCAGCUAUUGCAGAGCUUGACGACGAGGUCGAAAGCGAGGAUGAACAAGUCGAUGAUGCAUCUCCCGAUGAUGAUGUAUUGGAUACAACAAAAGAGGUCCAGGUUCAGUCUCCCGCCGUCGCAGAGCUUGACGAGGAACUCGAAAGUGAGGAUGAACAAGUCGAUGACGCAGCACCCGAGGAAGUUGAUGCAUUGGAUGCAACAAGGGACAUCCACGCUCAGUCACCCGCCGUUGCGGAACGGCUUGAUGAGGAGGAUACUCUACACGAAGAGUUCGAUCGGGAAGAGACCAUUGAAUACGAGCAGGAGGCCAACACUGUGACUGAAAGUGUUGCUGCCCAGGACGAACAUACUGAAGGCAAUGUGCACGCUGUUCAGGAUGCGGAAGAAGCAGUCGAUGAAGCUGCUGAAUCCGAGGACGAGGUCAUAGAGGAACCCUUGGAUGAGCCCAUGGAGGAUCUCGCCGUAGAGCCUGUGGAGGAGCCCGUCGAAGAUAUCAUGGACGAGCCUUUGGAAGAAGCUGUCCAGGAGCCUGUUGAUGUGCCCAUGGACGAACGCACAGAAGACCCUGUGGAAGAGCCUACAGAGGAGCCCAUGGAGGAGCCCGUUGAGGAACCCAUGGAGGAACCCAUGGAGGAGCCUGUGGAUGAUCUCAUCGACGAACCCGCUGAGGAGCCCACUCGGGAACCUGUUGCAGAGCCUGCUGAUGAGCCUAUCGAUGAGCCUACCGAAUUGCCCAUGGAGCAACCUGUGGAAGAACCCGUGGAGGCUGCAGCUGAUGCUAUGGAGGCAGCGAUAGCAGAACCUGUGGAGGAGCCCAUGGAGGACCCCAUGGAGUCUGACGAGGGGUUUGCUGAGGAAGUCAUCGCAGAUCCUAUCGAUGAACCCGUCACGGAGCCUGUUGCUAAGCCUGUCCAAGAGUCCGAUUCUGAACAAGUCCAAUCAACGGUAGAGGAUCUGGGUGUCUCUAGAAAAAGUGAUGUUGGAGAGCUCGUCGAAGAUCUGCCCACUGAACACGCCGAUGAUAAUGCAGACUCUGAUGCUGAGCCCCUCGCCGUUGAUGAUAGAGAGAGCACCGUCGAAGUCGAUGAUGCCUCCGCGGAACAGGCCAAGGGCCUUGACCAAGUAGUGGAGGAACAUACCGAGACACACGGAGCCCAAGACGAGACUUCGGUUGCACACCAGGAAAACGCCGAUGAUCAGUCCGAUCACGAGGUUGAAGAGGAAGUGGAUGAAAAGCCGAAGAUCAAGUAUGCUCAAAACCCAGGACUAAGACACAGCUUGGUUGAGGGUCUUGAAGAUGUUUUUGUCGAGCGCAGUGCUUCUGAGCCUGUCGAGGAUGUCCAUGAUUCUUCGGAGACAGAGGACGACCCUGAUAUGCUGGAGGCUGGUGACGAAAAUGCCACAGAUAUUUUCGACGACUUUGACGACGAUGUGAGCGAGAACUACCCUUUCGACGACGGCGAGCCUACGCUUGUGGCGGUCGAACCGACUGAGUAUAUCCCGCCUAACCCUCAGCCCAUCCUGCCGUAUGAGGUUGAGGAGCCAGAGGGUUCUUACAGUCCGACUCGUCAGAUUUACUACACCAAACGCGUGCUCUCUCCUGUUCGGUUCAUCGAGUCUCCUGUCCGACGCAAUGUGAGAACUGGUCCUUCAAAUUAUGAGCCAGCUGCAGCAGACAGCGACAAUGAGGUGCAAGAUAAUAACAACCUGCCGGACCCAUUUGUCGAUCCCAGACAAGCGACACCUCGCCGCAGAUCCACUAGAAGAUUAGUCCUUGAGAACGCCCCUCGGUUCACACCACUGGCGCAACAGUUUGGCCAGUGGAAGGCUAGCAGCCCUGCAAAGGCCCACCCGAAGCGCCCUCGAAGGGGAGUAUUCUCUUUGGGAGGCAGCAAGCGGUCCAGCAACGUCACUGCUGCUUCUGAAGUGUCGUAUCCCGAUGUCUCCAGCCAAGCGCAAAGUUCCUCGUCUAAAUCACCCAUGCCGGAAGCGAGCAACGAGGCCGAUGUGCCUGAAAUUUACGAAGACAAGGACCAAGAGCAGGAGCCACAAGCACUUGCAGGCGAUACUGAAGUAGUCGAGUCAUCGGGGCAGUCCGUCACGGAGGUAGUCGAGGACAUUCCCGCGCCUCUGCCUGUGGUUGACGCAAGCGAAGACAAGGAGAACGCACAGGAGAAGGUUGCAUCUGUGACCGACAGUCCGGUUCCUGCUUCUGAGCCACAGGAUGUUGUUGAGCCACAGGCUGUUGUCGGGCCACCGGUAGACGAGGACAAGGAAAACGAACAGGAAAAGGUGGCAUCUGUGCCCGAGAGCCCGGUUCCUGCUUCUGAGCCACGGGCUGUUAUUGAGCCACAAGCAAACGAGGAUAAGGAGAACGAACAGGUAAAGGUAGCAUCUGCAAUCAGCAGCCCGACUCCUGUUUCUAAGCCACAGGCAGACGAGGACAAGGAGAACGAACAGGAAAAAAUAACACCUGUGCCCGAGAGCCCAGUUGCUGCCUCUAAAUCACAGGCUGAGGACAAGAUGAAUGGGAAUAUCCCAGUUCUUGCGCCUUUCACGCCGAUGAAGAACAGAAUCUCUCAGAUGCAAACUCAAACCGUGCACACGGUGUCCAAAGUUCCACUUAAGCCUGAGGGUGAGAUCUCACCAUUGAAGAUUUCGCGCAAGCGAGGUCUUUCGUUCUCUGCCCCUUCUCCCAGGCGGUCUUCGAGACCCCGCCUCUCGACGUUCGCACCUGUCGAGCAAAAUGCCCCAUCUAUCUCGCCUCGCAAGUCGCCCAGACUGCAAAGAGCCGCGGAACGUCAAUCUCCGGAGCACGCGCAAGCCCCUUCCACGGCCAAGAAAGCAGUCGAAGCCCAGGCACCUGCUUCCCACAAGCGCCCGGCUCAGUCGCCCAAUCCUAAAAAGAAGUCGAAAACGCCUCGCACGAGCAUCAGUGCGCCCAAGUUGGCCCUGCAGGGGGCUGUUGCAUACGUGGAUGUUCAUACCACCGAGGGAGAGGACGCCAGUGGUAUUUUCAUCGAGCUCCUGCAGCAAAUGGGAGCCCGAUGCGUGAAGAACUGGUCGUGGAACCCUCGCGCCAGCGUAUCCCCCGAGGAGGGAACAGAGCCCAAGGAGGGCAAAGUAGGAAUAACCCACGUCAUCUACAAAGAUGGAGGUGUGCGGACCUUGGAGAAGGUCCGACAUGCAAAAGGUCUCGUGAAGUGCGUCGGAGUCGGCUGGGUUCUCGACUGCGAACGAGAAAACAAAUGGCUCGACGAGUCUCAUUACGAAGUCGACCUCUCCAUCAUCCCCCGCGGUGGUGCCAAACGCCGCAAGAGCAUGGAGCCCCGAGCCCUCAGCAACAUCAACGGCACCCUCGUCAAGGCCGAGCCCGCCACAAACCGCAGACGAUCCGUCCUGCCCCCCAAAGACACCUCCUCCACUGCCGCCAUCACCGCCCGAGACACCACCCCCUCCUCGCGCGACUCCCCCGCUACCCCCGAUGACACCCCCAAAUACGGCGCCGGCCACUCCGAAGCCGACCAGGACUUCUGCCACACCCCCAAAACCCCCGGCUACACCAUCGACAUGGACGCCAUCGGCAUGUCCCCAGCCACGCCCUUCUAUCUCUCCCAACGGACAAAACUCGUCCAACAAACCUGCCCUCCCAAACAAACUCGCCAGGGUCUAUUCACAUCGGCGACUCCAGCCCGUGAACCGAACCAAAAGCUGCGCGCUAAAUUGGAGGCCGCGCGGAGGAAGAGUAUGGCGUAUAAGCCGAGAGUGGGAAGUCCCCUUGUUGAGUAGGAUUCUUCCUACUGCUUCUACUCCUCUUUCUCUUUGAGUUUGGGUUUGGGUAUAGGUCUAUGUAUGUAUGUAUGCUAUCUUGAAAGUCCGGGUUUUUUGUGUUUGUUCUUGUGUUGGUUUCAUGGACAGGAUAGUUUGUUCACAUUGCUUUGGUUUGCGUUUGGUUUGGUUUGGUUUGUUUAUUUUACAUACUACAUACCCCCUUUGUUUGUCUGCAGAGUGGAAAUAUUAUGGGUUUUACGAUAACUAGGUUACAAAUAAGUUGGGUUAUUAGGAUUAUGCAAUUGCAUAAAGGUCA